AAAUUCCCAAUCCUGAGCCCUAAUUUUGAAGCAAACCUUUUCUUCUCGAAAACGUCAGCGUUUUCAGCGUGCGAGACGAGAACUUUCUACUACGAUCUACCAAUAAUAGCCCAGCACUCACCUAAGUUGAGGCUGAAGUUGAAAUCUUUUUGGUGCAAAAAUCACAUCUAGAUUCCAAUUUCAAUAGUUUGGGGGUGAAAUUCAAGGAAGAUAUUUGCGAUGGAGGAGCUGCAAUCUGCGGUUAAUGCUCACUUUGAUCAAAUGGCAGAUCUGGUGGAGAAGCUCUCAGCAGAAUUCCGUUCCGGGCUCAAACCCGCUUACGAAAAUUUCAUGGGUUUCUUCCACGCCAUUGAUUGGAAGGAACCUUGGUUGAUAUCUCUUCUUUCCUUCCACGUGAUCUUGCUAGUAGUAGUUUUCGCAUCACGGAGAAACAUCAACUUUCAGAUGUUUUUGUUCCUUCUUGCAUUAGGGGGGGUGUAUCUAGCCGAGAGGCUCAACCAUAUCCUCGCCAGCAACUGGAAAAGCUUUGCAGGCCAGAACUACUUUGAUUCUAAUGGAAUCUUCCUCUCUGUGCUCUGGUCGGGGCCCUUGUUGGUAAUCGCAAUCAUAAUCUUGGUGAACACCUUGUUUUCAUUGUGUCAUCUGAUUGUGAGAUGGAAACGGGCCGAGCUCAAACAUCGCGCAAGAGCAGCUCGUAGUAAGGAGGAGUAAGCAGACGGUGUUUUUUGUACUGUAAUUUCCCAUUUGAAGUCCAAAUUUUGGUUUUGAAUACAUUUUGGUCUUCUCCUGCCGGAAAAUUUUAGUUAGUUUGUAAUGCUAGAGUGAAUUGCUUCUUUCAUUGGUAAUGCAUUUCAUCGUGGAACAGAGAUCUGUUGUAUUUCUACUAUUGUUUUAAAUCAAGAAAACAGAGGCAGCACAUGAAA